AUGUCUUAUUCUCAGGCAUCAAGCUCCCAAUAUAACGUGUCACAAGAUGCUGAUUUAUUAUUUGACCCAGAGCUCCUUGCAUCAGACAGUCUCUCUGAGAUACCAAGCGACCAAUUCCCAACAAGACCUACCUCAAUUUUUGCAUCUCCCUCUCUUCCCGUACACCCUAUAGUACCAGAUUCACUACAGCGUGUCGGCAAAUCUCUGCAACAAUCCUAUAUCCUUUACCCGGGAAACAACAUGGAUCCAGAAACAGCACGUAUUCGACAGCAGUUUGUUGAAUGGUGGCAACAAACACAGUAUGGCCAAGACCAGGAGCUUCAAAAAUAUGUUGCAUGGGACAGCAAGCAAAAGAAAUCAUAUGUAUGGGAUUCAUUUGAACAGGUUGCUUAUGCAACAACAGGAGAGCCUAAGGUCAUGUGUGUUCGUUGCAAAAAUUUUGUUGUUCAUCCAGGAUUUCGACGUUCUGGUCCUUCGCCUAUGAAAAAUCAUCUGAAAUCUGGCCGCUGCAGACCGCAGUCAAGAUCUCUACGAGGUAUUAAUGAGAUAUUACAAGAGAUGCCUCAACGAGUACCAGCUACAAAGUUUGAUCACAAUACCUUCCAACAUAAGAUCCUGAAAUUCGUGACAACUACAAAACUCUCAUUCCGGCUUAUUGAGCAUCCCGAAUUCAAGGAACUGAUAGAAUAUACUCGAUUUGCUGAUCCGAAUACCGACCUGUUGAUACCCUCUACACGUACUAUUCGGCGUCUUUUGCAUAAUGAGGUCCAAACAAAGCAACAGAGCAUUCUCCAACAACUGCCUCCUUCUUUCAUGGCAAUUACAGGAUACUUUAUUGAUAAGGACUGGAACUAUCGUGAGGUUUUACUUGGGUUUGAGCAUAUUCAAGGGUCCCAUACAGGAGCUAAUCUUAGUAAGGUUGUGCUUCGGAUUUUUGAUGAGCAUGGUAUCACUGGUCGGGUAUCAUCAAUCACGACUGAUAAUACAUCAAACAAUGAGACUAUGGUUCAAGCUGUUCAGGAUGUAUCUCAGUCACUGACCUCAAAUGGAAUACCCGUCUUUCGAAUUCCAUGUCUAAUACAUAUGAUGCAAUUAUGCCUCAGAGAUCUCCUUGCUACUAUCAAGGUAAAUCCCAAAAAUUCAGAGACUAAAUCAGAGUGGUCAGAUAUACGAACAAAGUCUCUUCAAGCUACUCUGGGACAACAUACAAAGAAUAUCGCUAUGACAUUAAAGAAGACAAAAGAGAAGCUAGAACAGAAGGCUGUGCCCUGGAAAAAGAAGAUGCUCAAAGCGAUCUAUUCAGCACAGAAGAAGCUUACCAAAUACUACGCAGCAACAGACAAUAAUCCAUACGGUUCAAUUUAUGCAAUUGCGACUAUAUUAUGUCCUUCUAAACGGCUUCGAUACUUCGAUAAUGAUGACUGGCGAGGCAGUAACGAUGAUAACAUCCAGGUAGACUGGAUGAAGAAAUAUCGAGAUAUUCUGCAGAAAGAGUUUGAUCGAUACCAAGAGCGGAUCCAGCCUCAAAGAUAUUCCACUACUGAGCAAGCCCAGCAAGGUAUAAUUGAUAAGAAUGAUGAUCUUACUCUUCUUAUUGAUCCACACACAGCUCUACAGCCAGAUGUUGAUCAACCAGUCGAUGAGGUUGCUGAUUAUCUAUCACAAGGGCCUUCAAAGGGUAAUCCUCGCAGAUUUUGGAAAGAGCAUGAGCAUAAGUAUCCAAUGGCACGAGAUAUUCUCGCAACGCCUGCUAGCGGUGCAGGUGUUGAGCGACUAUUCAAUUAUGCUCGCGAUAUCUGUCACUACCAACGUGGACGUCUCAAACCAGAAACCAUUCGAGAGCUGAUGCUACACUCCUUCUCAUCUAAGUUUGAGCUACAACAAGCUGAACUUAAUAGGAUCAAGGAGCAUCUUGAAUUCGGAGAUGCUCUUCUGCUGGAGGAGUCAUGGAAGCCUACAGUACUAUGCAAUGAGAUUGUUCCAAUAAGCGACGAUGAGGAAGAGGGUUGUAAAGAGUCAGAGAUACAAGAUGAUUCCGAUAUUGAGCAAGAUGCAUCCUCAACACAGCCUGCUACUCAGGGUCAACAAACACAACGAAAGCGAUCAUAUACUGCAGUUACACUCCAUGAUCUUAGUGAGGAUGAUCAGCCCCAUUCUUUGUCGUUGGUUGAAGAUACCCAGGUUCGAUCAGGGAGGAUCGGGAAACAGCCAAAGCUGCCAGCUGGUUUUGAGAUUGAUAGGUCAUAG